AUGAAAUGCAAAAGGAUUCAAUAUCCACUUAGUGGGAACCUCAAAGGUGAAAAGACGCCUUUGUUUGCCAUUUCAAAUAAGGAAACUUCAGAAACCAAACGAUUGCCGACACUCAAACGGCCAAUACCAUCUAGAGGCAUAUCACGCUCAAGGGUAAAGCAGGCACAAGCCAUCAGGAAUCACAUUACUCUAUCUGAGACGAAGCCAGACUCGCCACUUAAACAUGAACCUGACACGUAUAACAAUUCUUGGAACUCAGAAUUGAAUGUACCUCAAAUCACCACCUUAUCCGCUCCCAUUCAGGUAUUAAUCAAUAGACGAGCUGACAUGUUUAAGGGCUUCUACUUUUUAGAUCAAGACUUUUCAAUUGGUCCAUAUAGCCUUGUCAAAAUGGUCAAACCACAAUGGUACAAUAUUGAAGUAGGUCUAAGCACAUCAUACAAUACGGUUUUCCCCGAAUCGGUCUUGAAGAAAUACGCAAGCACGGGAUAUUCUCAAAAUCCACCUCAGAAUGCAUACAUGUUGAAAUCAUUUGCCAAACAAAAUUUAAUUUCGUCAAUUGUUGGAUGGAGUCCUCAAGAAAAGUUGAUUGCAAUCACUUUCAAAUGUUGUCAUCCAUUACAUUGCGUUGUGUUUGAUUUGGUUGAAGCUGCAUUGGCAGUGGAGUCAGUUUCGAGUGCGUUGUUUCGUCAUUUGGCUACAGAAUUCAAUGAUGCGUGGGAAAGGUUGGAAAAGCUCAAACAAUGA